AAUCCCUCACCAUCUUCUCCUUCUCCUUCUUCUUCUUCCCAGGAUGAACAGAAUUCUACGAAAUCCUCCGUAUAUUCCGCCAGAACUCCCAAGCUCAACCUCCAUCCACCCGCUCUGCCGCUCGCCCCCACCGACCGUAUCGCCCUCUUCCUCAUGAUCUGACGCCGGAUUCACCGCAGGCGCAGAAAGCAAAUGGGGUUGUUCCGGCGGAUAGCGGGGUUCCUAGGUUUCGGCCGCGACGAAGUCAACAACAAGGACGACGAGGAUCAUCAACGGCAGCACCGGGGCGACGGGGAAGGGCGCGACGACGAGGAAGGAGCGGACGAUCCCCCGAAUGCGGCCGGCCGGAGUAGGAACUAUCAGGAGACCGGCCUCCCCCGCCGGGGCUUCAGCGUCCCGGUCAAGGUCCCCGUCGACCGGCCCGGCCUCGGCCCCGUCCUUGUCCCCUGCGAUUCCGGCGACGGCGGAGUUCAGGGUCUCCGAUGGUGCGCAAAACGACUGAGAAUAGACGAAGAUGGUGAUGUGGCUCACGAGUUUCUUGAUGAGGUGUUGCCGGACGCUACUGAGCCAGAGGAGAAGCCGCUGCCAAAGUUUGCUGCGCGGUACAGCACUAGACCAGCUAUGGUCAAGAAUCAGGUAAUUUCCCACGAUGGCAAGGUUCAACACUGUGUGGAACACCAUGGUAGACUAGAGUGGGUAUAAUACUAACAAGGACCCGUGGAGGAAUGUUCUCUUCUCUCCACUUCUAGGAACUUCAUCCUCUCCUCUGGGAAUACUGCAUGAUUUUUUGCGAUUCAUUGCGAAUGAUUCUUGUAACUGUACUGAUAGAUGAUACUUCCAUAUUGCAGACAUUCCUGUAUCCGUAUUAAAAGGGAUAGUGUAUAUUAACUUUUUAAACUUUCCCAUAUAAGAAUGUCAUCCUACUUUGAGUUUGCUGCUGAA